CCGGACGGCGGGCCGACCUCUCUCCGGCCACGCACGUGCGCUGCGGCUGGCGGAGGGCAUGUGCGCCCUGCUCACCAGGCUGGAGACUGGGCGGGCUCAGUAGGGCGGUGCUGCCCUCCGUCGGGGAGGAUGAGUUAUACAACGGCUCGGAGUUGCAUAAGCGCCCGAGCCCAGAAAUAGUCGCGGUCGCCUGCUCGAGUGGCUCCAGGGAGGGAGCGCGCGCCGUCCGAUUCCUCCUCCCCCUGACCCCCGUCUCCACCGCCGGGGACCGCCCGAAGCAGGGCUGGCGGCGCUCCUGAGUGGCCCAGCCCUCUAGCGCGAGGGUCCGAGGCCGGGCUGGGCCGUGGACGGAGGCGAUGGAAGGCUACGCUGGGACGAUUCCCCGCGCCGCCUGCCUUCGCGGAGCCUGACUUCGACCAUGGAGCCAUAGCAGCCGCAGCCCCCCGCUGCUGCUGCCGCCGCCGCCGCCACACCCACUUGGCUUCCUGGCAGCGACAAUGGAGCUGGGGCCGGCCGCGCAACAGUAUCCCCACCAUCCCCAGGCCCUGUCGGGUGGAGGUCCCUGCCCGGAGAUGCUGCAAGUGGCCGAGGAAGCUUUCCGAGGCGGGCAAUUCGCGCUGGCGGCCGAAAUCCUGAGCUCGCAGCUGGCCGAUCUGCCGCAGCCUGAGCGGGGCCUGUGCCUCCGCCAAGGGGACGCGCUGGCCCGCGCGGGGCGCAUGGCCGAAGCCUUGGACUCGUACAGCGUCGCCGCUAGAUUGGCCCGCUUGCGUCCCGAGGAGUUACGCGAGCUAACCGAGAGUUUCGCCCUCCUCGUCCGCGACAAGGAGCUGCGGCUGCCUCCCUGGCAGGGCCCUGGGAACGGCGGGGGAGCCUCGGAGGCGGCUGACCCGCUGGGGGACCCCGCUUGCUGCCGCCCUCCGGAGCCGCUCUGCUGCCCUUCGUGCCUGCGUCUCCUCCACGAGCCGGUGACUCUGCACUGCGGGCACACCCACUGCAAGCGCUGCGCCCGGAGCGGCGGCGAGCAGUGUGUCCGCUGCGCCGUCCGGCGUCCCGUCUCCGCCUGUGCCUCUUCCGCGGCCCCCAGCGCGGCCGGACCAACCCCCGCCGACCUCCGCGUCAAUGUGGUGCUGGGCAGUUUGCUGGAAAAAUGGUUCCCGGCCGAGAACAGAGCUCGCCGGCUGUGUGCCGAAGGGGAUGCCUUGCGGGAGAAGCAGGAUCUGGCGGCCGCUUUGGAGAAGUACAACCAGGCCCUUGAACUCGCUUCUUGUAAAUGUUGGUUAAUAGCACAACGGGCAGAACUUUGUAUAGCUAUGAAGAAUUAUCAAAAAGCCCUUCAUGAUGCAGAAAUACUGUGUCAGAAUAAACACCAUUGGCCUAAGGGUCAUUAUGUCAAAGCACAAGCUCUUUCUGGAUUAGGAAGGAUUGAAGAAGCAUUGAAGGAAUUUCUUUAUUGUGUUGCCUUAAACCCUGAGUGGAACUCAAUGAAGAUGGAAGCCCAAAAGAUAAUGUGUGAGAUGUUUUUUCCAGCAUUUGAAAAUGUUCCUGAUAGUUUAACAACACCUUUUUGUAAUCGGCCCUUUUACACAAGAUUGAAACCUGCAUUUCUAAGUAGCAUAAAUACACAGUCUUCUAGUGAAGAUGGGCCAACAGCAGAGAGCUCAAAGGAGGCCAUGUUGAGGUUAACAAGAAAUCCUUCCCAAGAGAAUGAUGUCUAUCACUGUAUUGAUUCUUCAAUUUCCCAUCAUGACUUCUACUUUGAAGAGAAUACGAAAACAUUAGGAAAAGUCCUCUCCAGCCUACCCAGUGCAAACUUGAAAAGAAAAUUUUCUGCUGAUGGGAGAGACUUUCAGAAUCUGGAUGUUCCUAGCAAAAUUCAUAGAAAAGAUGGAGAUGCUGCUUGUGGAAACUCAGCUUCCCUUCCCAUAAAAGAGAUUCCUACAAAUCUUAUGGAUCCAUCUGACUUUGAGUGUUCCCUUUGUAUGAGGUUAUUCUACGAGCCUGUCACUACUCCUUGUGGGCAUACGUUCUGCCUCAAAUGCCUUGAACGUUGUCUGGAUCAUAAUCCUCACUGUCCGCUUUGUAAAGAAAAGCUCUCAGAUUUUUUAGCAAGUCGAACUUACAAAAAGACCAUCCUUACUGAAGAAUUAAUAGUUCGCUACUUUCCAGAAGAAUUAUCUGAAAGGAAAAAGGUUUAUGAAGAAGAAAUGAAGGAAUUAUCAAAUCUAAAUAAAGAUGUUCCCAUUUUUGUAUGUACCAUGGCUUUCCCUACCAUUCCUUGUCCUCUUCAUGUCUUUGAGCCCCGUUAUCGAUUAAUGAUAAGAAGAUGCAUGGAAACAGGCACUAAACAAUUCGGCAUGUGUUUAACUGAUGAACUGAAAGGAUUUGCAGAUUACGGCUGCAUGUUGGAAGUCAGGGAUGUGAAGUUUUUCCCUGAUGGGCGUUCAGUCGUUGAUACAGUUGGUAUUCGACGUUUUAGGGUCUUAAGCCAUGGUCAGCGAGAUGGAUAUAAUACUGCAAACAUUGAAUAUUUGGAAGACAAAAAGGUUGAAGGGGCAGAGUAUGAAGAGCUGGUCCGCAUUCACGAUUCCGUUUAUGAUCAAGCUGUGUCCUGGUUUACUUCUCUUAAAGACAAUAUGAAAGCACAAAUUUUAAACCAUUUUGGACCAAUGCCAGGGAAAGAACGUGAGCCGCAGAGUAAUCCCAGUGGCCCAGCUUGGUACUGGUGGCUUUUGGCAGUAUUACCACUAGAGAACAGAGCCCAAUUGGCCAUUCUUGCCAUGACUUCACUUAAAGAUCGUCUCAUUGCCAUUCGCCGCGUAUUAAUAUUUGUGACCCGCAAAAGACCUAGAUGACACAGUCUUAUUUGUGAAGAUACACUGAAAACAACUGGUUUCUAAUGCUAAUAAGAAAACAAUUGGCAACUGAACAGUUUUUCCCUCUGCUCAUUUACGCAUUCAUUCUUCUUUGCACUCACUGGACUCAAUAGUUAAUCAUGUAUACUGUGCCUCUUGUCCUGGAAUAAUCUGAGCCUUUUGGAAGUUAUGCCACAACAGAGCAUACAGUAGUUGCAGGCAUCAACUGAGUACAUAAUCGCCAUCUACUCAUAGACAACUGAGUCAGAAGUACUAAAAUAUCUACAAAUCCCCAGUUGACAUUUUUAUUUCUUUGUAGAAACAGACUUGGAGUAGUGGAUUAGAAACUGAGGAUAUGCAUUGUCAGAAUUAUCCUUGUGGUAGUCAGUUGAAAAGAAAUUCUUAAAUGUUCUUCUGGAAGAAAGCACCAAGGGCAACUUUGUAUCUGCAACAUGUGGACAGAAAUAUCAGAAGUAAAUGGGAUUGCCAGGAUAAAAUGUUCCACUUCCAAAUAACACUGUCCAAAAGAGUAUCUGAUGAACAGCUUUGUGGUUGGUUAUAAACCAAUUCCUUGUGUUUGUAAUUUGCAUGCUGUAUGUAUUGAGAAAACUGUUUCAUAAUAUAUCUAAGAAGAUUGAGUCAUUCUUCCUUCCCAAGCCCCCCUCCCUUCAGAAUGACAUCAGGAACCUACAGCAAGGAGUUACCUGUGGAGAGUCCUGUAGUUGGGACAUGGAACUAAGAGCCUCUCAUAGUGGACAUAAUUGUGUCUUAGGGAAAGCUUCUCUCUGCCAUUAAAUACUUGAGAUUGCGAAGCUCCGUGGCUGGAUCAUGGCCAGCGUAUUUAGUGUAUAUCUACACUGUUAAUUUCAAGCUCUUCAGCGAUUAUCUUACUAAAGGCUGUUGAAAAAUCGAAUCACCAUUUCAAUUUUAUCCUUCUAGUUUUGUCUGGAAGUAACACUUAAAUAAAAACCAUCUUUACUCACAACUGCCAUAACCAGCCUAAUAGGUUCUUCUACGAAAACUUAGUUAGAUAUACUUUUGAAAACCAAAACCUUAAUAUUACUUGUUAUGUACCGAAUACUGUUCGUGCUUGAAAUUCUUGCUGACAUAAAAGGAGACACAAAUGGAAUCCUGUACUGCAAAUUUCAAUGCAAGUUUAAAUUAGAUGUAAAUAUAUCUGUAUUAUUAUGUCUUCGUAUAUGUGGUUAACUUUUAAAAAAUGGUCAAAUUAUUGGAAAUAGUUUAGUAGUUUAGUUGUAAACAUGAAACAGCAAAUCAGUAUUGCUAAUUCAAACUGCUGGGAUCUCUGAAUUUCCGGAAACAAACGAACAGAACAGGAAACUAAUAAUAGUUUUGGUUUUAGAACAUAGUACAAAGACAUAGCAAGGUAAAAGAUAUCGGUUGUAAAAAAAAAUAAUCUGGCAAGAAACUAAUGACAAUACCAAAUUAUUUCAAAAGUGCCUCCUUUAUGAAUUAGAAACAGCAUGUGCUCUUUGGACAAAGGCAUAGAAAUUUCAUAUUCAGGAAGUCUAAUCAUCAAAAAGACUGCUUUUAGUAAGUGCUAUAAUUGGUGUGGUAUUGGAAGAUUGUCUAAAAAAUCUUGACCAGAUAGCAGUUUCCUAAGACUGAUCAACACAGCCUGAAUGUACUGUAAUUGCUUCUUCUUGGAAUUCAUCUUUUGUAGUUAAGUAUUGACCUGUGACUGCUCUUUCAAUUGUUAACUGUGCAACUUGCAAAUGAAGCUCUAAUAAUUUCUGCCAUAGCCUUCCUGCAAGUUCUUUACUAGAGUUUGUAGAUUCUCUUUCAAGUAUUUUUUAAAAGUUUGCACCUGGUCCUGGCUGACCUCGGUUGAUCUUGAAUACUAAACAAAGUCAGUUCUCAUUACUAUUUGGAUGGGAAAUCAUCUGGCAUCUCUAAAGCUGUAUGUGAGACCAGGAAAUUGAAUUUUUUUUAAAAAAAACAUGCCAGAAGGAGGCCAUGGCAAACCACUUCAGUAUCAUGCCAGGAACAUCACAUGAAUUUCUCCAGGUAGUUACCAGAAGUCAAGCAUGAUAUUACCUCUUUCAACAUUGAAGCCAGAGAGAAGGAGGUUCUCACUCUGUUCUCCUUUCUAUCCAUUACCUGGGUGCUAUCACACUUUCCUUCAACACAGCUGUCUUCCUGUUCAUUCACUGGACUCUAAAAGCUUCCAAGUUUUAUCAAGAAAGAGGUAUUUCAAAAUGAACCCUAGUGGGUUUUUUUGCAGGGAACUUGGACCAUCUUCAUUAUUUUUCACAGUUUUAGCUGUGAUUGCUUGGACUGUCUCUGGCAAGAUUUGGGCUCACCUCUUGGUUUUCUCUUUCUCUUUUCUAUUUUUUGUUCUAAGUUACUGUUUUGGCACUUCCCGUUUUGAGGCAGAAUUCUAUAUACUAUCCCUGGGAUUCCCCUCUAAUCUUUUGGAUGAGGAAUUUUAUGAGAGGCUUCAGUAUGGUACUUUUGUGCUUUAAAAUCAAAAGCCAGGCUGAUGAGCUUUUCAGCCAUCAGAAUUGGUCACAUCAGCAGGAAUAUUAACAUAAGUAUAUGAUGAAAGCCAAAAAAAUUAUGUUCUUUCACUUAGGCUGAUCAAUCUGGCAAUUUAGAGAACUUUAUGCUUUGCAGAAAUAAUAUUCAGAACAUACUUUUAUUGAGUAUAAUAGGUCUGCAAAGGCAUCCCAGCUACUCCUGUAAAAAGCAAACACAAAAACCUGAAAUUCGUAAUAGGUUUGCAUCCAAAUAAUAGGUGAAGCUUAGACCAUUUUAAAUUUCACCACUCAUGAAAUAUUUGCUACAGUGGCCUUUAUCUACUGUUUUCAAAUAUCCCUUUUUCUUUCAGUUGCUAAGGGUGCUUUGGGAUUUUGAUAAGCUGAUAAUCAGCAGAUUUCUGCGCUCUGAUUCAUGCUGCAGUUCAUUUUCAAUGAAAAGGAAUAAGAUUUGUUCAGAAAACUGUAUGCAUUAGUCAUACAGUGCCUUGCAUAACUGAAGGUCUGGUGUUGGGUAGCGCCUUAAUUUUGCAGCACUAGAAUGAUUGUAUCAACAAAGCACCAUAAAAACAAAAUCUGGCACUCAUGACCAGUUUUUUAAAAAUAUUUAAUGUAGAUAAAACUUGAAACAAAUAUACUCAUGUUUUGAAACUAAUUAACAUGUGUAUGUGGAUAAGUGUAGAUCAUUGUACAUAUGUGUAAAUAUAAAUUAUUCCUUACUUUUUAUACUUAGUAAAACAAAAGUCAGGUAUGUGUUACAGCUAUGUUUGGCACUUCGUUGCAUAAAACCAAACUUUUUUUAAAAAAAUUGCUGCAAUGUUCUUUUUGUGUAUAUUUGGAAUAUUCAUGGGAAAAUGUAUUUAAGUGACAUUUCAAAUAAAUAAUUUCGGUUUGC